UUUCUUUUCUUCUUUUUUUUCUUCUUUCUUUUCGCUACUUGAUAUCCGUAAAGCUGGGUCUGAUCAGGCCUCGUCCACUGAGAGCCUCUUGAGCGCCAUACUACUACAAUUUGUACUAAUUCCUAAUAUUGCUACGGUGACUACCGCCUCUGUGGUUCUAAGCUUGACAAUGCGCCUCCUGCAGCUUGGACCUAGCGAUGAAUUGACCCUCGCCGGACCCUUUCUGCCACAAGAUUGUCCUCCAUUUGCCAUACUAUCACAUACUUGGGGAGAAGACGAUGAUGAGGUCGAUUUUCAGGAUAUCAUUACAAGGAAGGGACAAGAAAAGACUGGCUACCAGAAGAUAUUGUUCUGCGGAAGGCAGGCUAAGCGCGAUGGUCUGGAUCAUUUCUGGGUUGACACUUGCUGCAUCGAUAAGGAUAGCUUCCAAGAGCUCUUGACGGCCAUCAACUAUAUGUUUCUCUGGUAUUCGACUGCCCAGAAAUGUUACGUAUAUUUGGCAGAUGUUCCACAAGAUGGCCAUAUGUAUAUGGCCGAAUCACAGCGCGCGACAUGGGAUCUUGAUCUUCGGAACAGCAAGUGGUUCACCCGAGGAUGGACACUGCAAGAGCUUAUCGCGCCGCGGUCAGUGGAAUUCUUCUCGUUCAUCGGCGAGCGGCUUGGCGACAAGGCAUCCUUAGAGCAGAUGAUUCACGAAAUCACACGGAUACCGACUCGUGCACUCCAGGGAUACCCACUUUCCGAGUUCGAUGCCGAGGAACAAAUAUCAUGGUCGACUCAUCGAAAAACCAAAUACGCAGAAGACAAAGCUUACUCCUUGCUGGGUAUGCUAGGAGUAGAGAUGCGGUUGUUGUAUGGCGAAGGGGAGGAAAAAGCGUUCGAGCGCCUCCGAACAAAAAUUUCAAGACGACGUUCGGUACAGUCCGAAGUGUUGGCGAAGCUCCUCAUAGCUGAGGGUGCUACAUUCGACUCCCAUGCUGACGAGCACAACUCGCAAUGUCUUCCAGAUACUCGAACCGAAGUCCUACAUGAGAUUACCAAAUGGGCGUAUCAGCCUCUUUCCAAGACCGUUUACUGGCUGAACGGAAUGGCCGGGACCGGAAAAUCGACCAUAUCGCGCACGCUCGCUUACAAGUUCUCGGUAGAUAACAGACUUGGAGCUACAUUUUUCUUCAAAAGAGGCGAGGGCGAUCGUAGUAGGAUGUCCAAGUUCUUUAUGACGAUUGUUAGUCAACUUAUACAACAAUUGCCAGAUAUAGCUGGACAUGUACAGGCUGCUAUGGAAGCGGAACCUGCUAUUGGUUCAAAAGCAAUGCGAGAACAAUUUCAAAAGCUAAUCAUCAACCCGAUCUCCCAAAUCUCGCUUAGCAUCAAUCAGCCUCGUAUAUGUCUGAUUGUCAUUGACGCACUUGAUGAGUGUGAGCGGGAAGAAGAUAUCAGAGUCCUCAUCAAUUUGUUGUCAAGAGCCAGAAUGACCAAGAAACUCCAGCUCAAAUUCUUCCUUACGAGCCGUCCGGAGCUGCCUAUCCGCCUAGGCUUUAAAGCUAUUAGCGGCACAUAUGAAGACUUCAUUCUCCACGAGGUGGCAGAGCCAAUGAUUGAACACGACUUGGCCGUGUACUUUAAGUGUAACCUCCAGCGAGUACGGCUUGAUUUCAACCAAAGCACUUCUGAAGAACGACAUCUGUCGACAAGCUGGCCAAGUGAAGCGAAUCUUCGCGUGCUUGUGGAGAUGGCAGUUCCUCUCUUCAUCUUCGCCGCUACUGUCUGUCGAUUCGUGGCUGAUCGUAAAGGUGGCAGUCCUCAAAAGAAGCUACAACGUGUUCUAGGCUUCCGGUCGACCCAAGGAUCCAGGCUUACCGCUACGUACGAACCGGUGCUAGAACAGUUAACGAUAAAUCUACCACUAGAAGAACAGAAAGAGGUCUUACAUCAAUUCCAGAUGAUUGUUGGACCGAUAGUAAUUCUAGCGAGUCCCCUCUGCUUGAAUUCACUAGCAGAAUUGCUCAACAUUUCGACUAGUGAUAUCCUAGAUAUUCUGGAUUUUCUUCAUUCAGUUCUACAUAUUCCGACAUUGCCAAAACAGCCUAUUCGACUGUUACACUUAUCCUUUCGUGACUUUUUAAUCGACCCGGCAAGGAAAGAAGACCCCUUUUGGAUAAAUGAACAAGAUAUUCAUCGACAACUUGCCCAUCAUUGCCUUCGUGUGCUGAGCAGAUCACUAAGAACCGAUAUAUGCAAAGUCGUGGCUCCCGGAACGCUGGCCUCUUCUAUUCCUAUAGUCGAAAUCAACACGCAUAUAUCACUUGAACUACAAUAUGCAUGUCGCUUUUGGGUGUAUCAUCUUCACGAAUCACUACCCGCCACUCUGGACACGCCCGGGAUCUGGAACUUCCUGUCGUCGCAAUUUUUACAAUGGUUAGAAACGCUAAGCUGGAUGGGCAGACUCUCAGAGAGUCUAAUAAUGAUCAAGUCUUUGCGAUUAAUUAUCCCAUCAGAAAAGUGCGAAGAGCUUACGAAUUUCUUAAAUGACUCAGUACGGUUUAUCCAAGCCAUGAGUCCGAAUAUACAGGCAGCUCCCCUUCAAGUAUACUUAUCAGCAUUAAUAUUCUCUCCGAAUCAAAGCAUUAUUCGUAACUGUUUCAAGCAUAAUAUAUCAAACUAUUUGGCUUUAGAACCUAGAAUGCUAUUCUAUUGGAGCGAGCGGCAGGCGACACUCGAGGGGCAUACAAGUUGGGUCUGUUCGGUAGCCUUCUCGCCAGACGGCCAGCAAAUAGCGUCGGCAUCGUACGACAUGACCGUAAUCCUCUGGUUGGCCGAGACAGGCGAGAAGCAAGCGACGCUCGAGGGGCAUACGGGUCGGGUCCGUUCGGUAGCCUUCUCGCCAGACGGCCAGCAAAUAGCGUCGGCAUCAGACGAUAACACCGUAAUCCUCUGGUCGGCCGAGACAGGCGAGAAGCAAGCGACGCUCGAGGGGCAUACCAGUUGGGUCCGUUCGGUAGCCUUUUCGCCAGACGGCCAGCGUAUAGCGUCGGCAUCAGACGACAUGACCGUAAUCCUCUGGUUGGCCGAGACGGGCGAGAAGCAAGCGACGCUCGAGGGGCAUAUGGGUCGGGUCUGUUCGGUAGCCUUCUCGCCAGACGGCCAGCGUAUAGUGUCGGCAUCAGACGAUAACACCGUAAUCCUCUGGUCGGCCGAGACAGGCGAGAAGCAGGCGACACUCGAAGGGCAUACGGGUCCGGUCUGUUCGGUAGCCUUCUCGCCAGACGGCCAGCGUAUAGUGUCGGCAUCAGACGACAAGACCGUAAUCCUCUGGUCGGCCGAGACGGGCGAGAAGCAAGCGACACUCGAAGGGCAUACGGGUCCGGUCUGUUCGGUAGCCUUCUCGCCAGACGGCCAGCGUAUAGCGUCGGCAUCGUACGACAUGACCGUAAUCCUCUGGUCGGCCGAGACAGGCGAGAAGCAAGCGACGCUCGAAGGGCAUACAGGCCUGGUCCGUUCGGUAGCCUUCUCGCCAGACGGCCAGCGUAUAGCGUCGGCAUCAGACGACAAGACCGUAAUCCUCUGGUCGGCCGAGACAGGCGAGAAGCUAGCGACGCUCGAGGGGCAUACAGGCCUGGUCCGUUCGGUAGCCUUCUCGCCAGACGGCCAGUGUAUAGCGUCGGCAUCAGACGACAAGACCGUAAUCCUCUGGUCGGCCGAGACGGGCGAGAAGCAAGCGACGCUAGAAAUUGGGCUUGUUCACGAUUUGCGUUUUAACUUAACAGGCACACAACUCCUAACGAAUCGCGGGUCGUUUGUUAUAAAUCUUACAAAUGACAUUAGUUCCGAGACAUCCCAUGGUACUUCCUUCGGUGAUAAUGUUUGCAUUAGCUAUGGAAUUAGCAAAGACAAGUGCUGGGUCACUUUUAAUGGACAAAAUAUUCUGUGGCUACCCACCGAGUAUCGUUCCAUACACUCCGCAGUCUUUGGCAACACGGUUGCCAUCGGUUGCUCUUCCGGCUGUGUCUUGAUCCUGCGGAUUGUGCAUGAAAACUGAGGUCACUUCAAAUCAUUCUUUUUUGCUCAUCUCUUUGCAAAGGAGGGCACAAGGGUAGCUUUUAUAUAU